UAUCUGUAUCCGUGUAAAGAUGGCGGGAGUAGAUGAGUUCAACAAGCCUUUGUUCGCAGGUUUGUCUGACAUCUCAAUCUCCGAGGACAUCCUAGUGGAGGGGGACAUAUCGGUGCCAGUGGGCUCACAGAAUGCAGAUGAUGAUCUCUCGACUUUGGAUGAGCCAGUGAAAGACACAAUUCUGAGGGAUUUGAAAGCCGUUGGGCAGAAGUUUGUUCAUGUUAUGUACCCCAAGAAAAGUUCUGCGUUACUCAGAGAUUGGGACUUGUGGGGACCUCUCCUCCUCUGUGUCACCCUGGCUUUAAUGUUACAGGGUGGAUCAGCUGACAGUGAGGAAGAUGGCAGGCCACAGUUUGCAGAGAUCUUCGUCAUCAUCUGGUUCGGUUCUGUAGUCAUCACACUUAACUCCAAACUCUUGGGAGGAACUAUAUCAUUUUUCCAGAGUCUGUGUGUGUUGGGAUACUGUAUUCUUCCUCUGACUGUGGCCAUGAUAGUUUGCCGCAUUGUUCUGCUGGGGGGCUCAGGCGUCAUCAGUUUUGCUGUCCGUCUCAUAGCUGUCACCGCAUCCUUUGGCUGGUCAACGUUUGCCUCCACAGCAUUUCUUGCAGACAGUCAACCCGCCAAUAGGAAAGCUCUGGUCAUAUAUCCUGUGUUCCUGUUCUACUUUGUGAUUGGUUGGAUGGUUUUGACAUUUUCGCCUUCUCAUUAGCAGACAUAUACCUUAUGGCAAUUGCUCAACAGACUUUAACUCCUCCCCUUUACUAAGACCACCAAGAGACCAUCUGGAAGCUGGCCAGUGAUUGAACUAGACUAAAAGGAGGUGGAGCACUUUGAAGACUUCUAAAGGGACAAACAGAGGAGAGUAAGGGGAUAAUUGGAUUCACCAUCAUUCCUUCCCUUUCCUCGUUCAAUUGCAAAAGAAAAGGAGUGGUGGACAUGAAUUAAUAUGUGCUACUAAUUUAACAACAGCCCACUCAUAAUCUGUCACACUACGGAAGCUGACUCUACGCGCGUGUGUGUGUGUAUGGGUUUCGGUGGUAAUUACAAGGGUAUUAUGCCAUAAAUGUUGUUUAUGAGGACAUUUCUAUUGUUCCCAUAAUUUAAAUCACUUAAAAAAAAAAAAAAACAUUAAAUGAAGUUGUUUUGAAAAUUUAAAAAUGCAGACAGUUUUCUGUGAUUGUUUGGUUUAGGGGUAUGGGAUAGAAUCUAUAGUUCAUACAGUAUAACAAUUAUUAUGUCUGUCCGCAUAAGGUUUCUGGAGAAUUUUUUGUGUGUCAGAUAUGGCUAUGUGCACAAAAAGCUAUGUCGGUGUGGAAAUGCUUACUCAGGCACAGACAUGUGAUUGUAAUUGCUUGUGUGUUUGAUUGAGCAGUGUGAAUGUUGGCUCUGUUAAGACUCUGGAGCUGUAAAAUCUUCCUAGAGAAUUUUCAGAUAUUAUCAGGCUCCACAUUCAAUUAAGUGUUUCCUUGCAGAGAAGAUGUCGACUCCCCUAACAGCACUGCACACAACAAUAGAUCAAUAGACCUGGAGAGCGCUGAAGUUUCUAUUCUUUGGUGUUUUCUUUGUUCUAAAUGAUUUAUGUAUGAGCUUCGUUAAAUGUAUUCAGGGGUGUCAAACUUGGUUCCUGGAGUGCCACAGUCCAGCAGAGUUUAGCUCCAACCCUAAUUAAACACACAUGAAGCAGCUAAUCAAGGUCUUCAGGAGUGCUUGAUGAUUACAAGGUGGCAUUUUGGAGCAGGGCUGGAACUAAACUCUGCAGGGCUAUGGCCCUCCAGGAACUGAGUUUGACACCUCUAUGCUGGAGUAAGUUAAGACAUUCCAGAAUUAAAUAAAUAUUUACUUUCUAAGUGUUGCAGAGAUUAUUGGUCUGUCCGUCUCUGUUUUUACAUGGAAACUAAAAAUAUGUAGGCUGAAUUUGGGAGAGAAACACUGUUUCUGUCUCUAUAAAGGUCAGUGAAGUGCUGCCUAUUUUUGUCAGGAUCAAAUAAAAUAUGAACAUUUGAAAAGCCUUUGUCCAAGCCAAAGUCAGCUUGUGUAACUAACAUGCAGGUAGCCGAAAGAAAGAAAAAAAAAAAACAUAAAACAGAGAUCCCUUUAGAUCCUGAAAAGACAAUUGGAAAAAAAAUUUAAACCUUGAAAAAUGUGUUUGAAAUCUUUAAAAAAAAUCAUAAAUUGUGUAUACUCGUGUAUUCAAGGUGCUAGGAAAGUAUCUUAAUACCUUUUACAUGAUGGUUACACCACUUGACCACUUAUUUGGUAGAAAUACUAUAAAUGUUUUUUUGGUUUUUUUUAAAUCGAAUGAAACAAACAUGGACCAAGAUAACAUUUAGAUUUUUUUGAGGUGUUGUAGAAUAGAUUUUUAAAGGAUUUAAAUAUUUUUGUCGACUCUGAUAACCUAAUUUGUCAAUAAAUAAAGUGUUCUGGCAUUUAAAAAAAAUUCUAAAGAAUUUCCUCACUCUUUCUCACAUGAACAGAUAUGCUGCUUUUGCAUAUCCAUCUCCUGUCAUUCUCACCAAGUCAGUACGCUGUCUCUCUCUUCCACAUACCUACCUACUAUAUUUCUUUCUCGCCAAAAAAAACCCCACUUAUCCUGUCUGUCUCACACACACUUUUUUCUCACAGUCAAAUUCUGUCACACACACACACUCUCUUCUCCAUUUUCCUCUUUGUGUGGUAGUAAUUCAAAUUAGAAAGACUUUCCAUCUUCUACAUCUAAAAAAGGCUUUAUUUUUCAUUUCCAAUGCAUUGCACCUGAACCACAAGGUGAAAUUGAGGUGUGUGUGUCUGUGUUCAAAGAUGUGUGUGAGAUAAAUGUCAUUAUUAUUAUUUACUUCUUUGUUAGUGUAUUUGAUUCCUUUGUGGUAUAGUUCUAGUAGUUUUUUUUUUUUUUGUAAAAAACUAAUCUCCUGGUGGCCUUAAUUGCUUCUUGUGUCAUAGUUUAAAUAUUAAAUGUGUGUGGGUGCUUUUACAAUCUGUGGCUGAUGUAUUUGCUUAGCUUGGCAUUUAAGACUCCUCAGCCUGCUUUUAGUUAGAGAUGUCAUAUACAGAAAAUAAGAGGAGACCAGAGAACUAGAAGAGGAAAAACAAAGUAAGUACUCACAAACUCUGGAACAACCUCCCACAACAUCUCCGUAAAAUUUAAUUUCUUUAGAUCUUCAAAACUCAAUUGAAAACUAAUUUAUAUGCACUUUGUUUAAAUAUCUCCCUGACCCUCUCUAGUGCUGUUCUCUUCCACAUCUUUUCUUUUAUUGUUUUGUAUUUAACUGUUUCUUUUUUUUGCACCCUCUGUUUGAACUUUUGUUUUAUUCCUUUGGUUUGCAUUGCUUGCUCUCCCUGUCUAAUUUCUUUGCUCUCAUUCUUUUGUGAAGUGACUUUGAGGUCUUGAAAUGCCCUAU